GUUUUGUUUCACACGCAUCCAGGGUUUUGCGUGAACGUGACGUGGCUUGCUUGUAAAACUUAAGAGCUAACUUCCGAAGUGAGCCAUUAUCAGAGGUUCAUAGCACGUGAGACGUCGACGGUCUGGUAAUCUGUUCUGUCUCCUGCGCAUCAAUCGACAAGGAUAUGGCCCUGCAGAUUCCCUCGCGAGUUCUGGAAGGUGCUCGUAGAGCGAGGUCAAAUAUGAAUUCAUUCUUUCGCAAUUCUAAUGGAGUUGUAUGUUGUUAUGCGGAUGGUUCCUGCAUGGAGCCCGAGAGGAACGCUGGUGUUGGAGUCUGGUUUGGACCUGACAACGUUGCGAACAUCUCGGAGCCUCUGCCUGUUCCGGGGACGAAUAACCGUGCAGAACUUCUGGCACUGCUCUAUGCGAUCUACGCUGCUAAAGAAGCUGGAUUGCAGCAGCUGGUCAUCAGGUCAGACUCACAAUACGCCAUUAAUUGCGUUACGGAUUACUUGCCGAGGUGGAAGAGCAACAGCUGGAGGACUAUGGGUGGUGAUGAUGUUCAAAACCAAACCGAAAUAAGGGCUAUUGAUGGAGCGAGCGUUGGUAUCUCCGUGAAAUAUGAGUGGGUCGAGGGCCACGCCGGCCAUCACGGGAAUGGUGAAGCGGAUGCUCUGGCGAAGAAAGCUGCGGAGCAAUCGUUGCGAAAUCAUCAGGCCGGUUACUGAAGUAUUUUGAAAAUCCCUGUGUUCCAGUUCACACCUUAGUUAACUACAGAGCUGAUGAACAGGGAGUGUCAGUGCUUCGCGGAAGCAUGAGCGUGAGUUUUGUUGAUGGAGAACUUUGACGACACGGACAUUACUUUCCUGCAUUCCGAAAAAUUACAUUGUGUGUCCUUGCUUCCUGUGAGCAAUUUCUCUUGAAUCAGGUCGUUUCAAUCACGAGUUCUGCUUGUACCGUUUGUAAUUAAUUUCCCAGGGGUCGGCUUCUGCUCCAGCAGCUUGGCUUUCGUUACACGGUGUGACUUGCAUUUUGUACUCGAAAUGUGUGUCCCCUGAGUAAAAAUUUCCUUGUUUCUCUGCUCAA